GUGCUAUUGUAGGUCAGUGUGCUGCUGGUGGCGGUUUGUGAUUACAUUGCGGACUCGAGAACAGUUAGUUACUGUAUUACAUUACAAUAUGAAGUGCAACGAGUCAGAGGGUGGCACCGGCACCUAAGUCCUUGUAGGUCUACCUCACAGCUCAGCCCACGCGGCUCGUACUAGUUACAAGUUAUAAGUACGUUGUGAUAAUAGUGUCUUGCAGUAAAGAAAAAAAGGUUGCAUUCACCCCAAAUCAAAGAUAUCACAAACACAACGAUGGAUGAGGCACAACUAGAAAAGGAGAUAGCCGCUCUUGCUGUUUUCCGAGAUCGAUUUUCCCGUUUGGGAUCUGCAGAUAGCCGUGAAGCAGGAAAAGAUUUCAAACUGGAGAAGGACGACAUUGUCAUUUCCACUCCUCCCAAGUCCGGCACGACGUGGAUGCAGCAAAUUUCCCAUCAACUCAGGAGCGGUGGUGACAUGGAGUUUGAAGAGAUCAGCGAAGUAGUGCCAUUUUUAGAAGGUUCCAUGGAAACAGAAGUCAGCCUGGAUCGAGACCAGCGCUUCAAACCACGGCUGUUCAAGACGCAUUUUUGGGAACCGCUCACACCGAAGGGGGGACGUUACAUAAUUGUCAUUCGCCAUCCAUACGAUACUGCUGUGUCUAGCUUCAAAUUCAUGGAAGGUUGGAUGUUUGAGCCCGGCGAGAUCUCACUUGAAACGUACGUAGCUGAGCACUUCAUAACACGACCCAAACCCGGCGGAAUACUCCACCACUUGGCAUCGUGGUGGCCACGGCAUGCCGAUCCCGACGUGCUGUGGGUGUUCUACGAGGAUAUGAAAGAAGACCUGCCAGCGCAAGUGGAUCGUAUAGCUGCUUUCAUGGGCAUCAGCGACACGGCCACGAUCGCACAGGCUGUGCACAAAUCAACGUUUGCAUUCAUGAAGGAACACGAAUCGCAGUACAAUGAACUGCCACUGAAGCGCAAUCGUAACGUGGCAAUCGGAUUGAAGCCCGACGCAGGCAUGAACCAGGGAAAGGUUCGUGUAGGUGGGGGACAACAGCACUUGCUCAGUGACCGUUCCAAGGCACUCAUCGACGAAGCAUGGCGAACAAUCUGCCAGCCGGUUACCGGCGCUGCAAGUUUCGCUGAAUUGAGAUUGGCAUGGAAAGCGGAGCAAUCUGAAAAAUAGCUGUAUGACAUUUAACUGAUGAAUGAAUUACUUGAUGAUGAAGCGCAAUCAUACACUUUAUGCUGAAAUGUUGGUAGUAUUACUUCAAAAAGAAGUAGAUCACAAGAACUAUUUUAAAAUAUGUCGACCAGAGCAAAUGGCAUCAUCUAACAUUGUGUAAGCUACUCAUUGCCACUGCUGCAUACUAUGACACCCAUGCAAUUAUGAAUCUUGGCUUGCGGACUAUCAGCAAAGUUGGUAUCACAAACUCGUGCAGUUCUGAAUCUGUGUACGUCCUGGAUUUUACAAGUACCCAUUAGUAAAGGUACACGUCUCCAGGGCUGCUAUGCGUCCAACAGUAGUACCUGUUGUAUGCUGUUAUAAAGUAUCAAAGGAUGCAUAUCUGAUAGUAGUAAAUGUACCACAGCAUCAUGCCAGAAUGACAUGGGCGUUGCUGGGCUAGAGAUACCCUGAACCGCUUCCUUUUAUCCUUUUCUUCUUGUUCGUUUCAUCUUUUCAUUGUCUUGGCAUUUUCUGCGUUAUUUGAUACCCAAGCUAGAGGGAUAUACCAGGCAUUUGCAGUAUGUUGUCCCAAGAGCUUGAAUUCAAACAAAUGCAAUCGA